AAACACAAAACAUCAGCAAGAGAGGGGGAAAAAAUUUCCCCAUGGAUCAUCAUCAAUCCCCUCGCCCUCUCUCCACCGUCCGCCGAAACCCACCCCGCAGAGCAAAGCAGACCCCCGCAGCCAACGCUCCAGAUUUCUCCACGUCAUCCUCCUCCAUCCGCCGCCGCCGCCGCCGGAAUCACUCCCUUCCCCCUCGAGGAACUCCUUGAGGCCGAGCCCGAGCCCGAUCCACAGCCAAAGCCCCCAAAGAAACUCGCUGAUGGGCCCGAUAACCUUAAGGUCUUUCUUCGGAUCCGCCCCCUCGAGAUCCGACCCAAACCCGCUAAGAAUCUGAAGUCGAAACCGAGGGGGAAGGCUCAGCCUCCGUCUCCAAAGCAAAGGAGGUGCAGGAGCAAUAAGGGAUGCUUGGUCGUAAAUGAUUCAAGCUCGGUCACACUCUCGGCCCCACCGUCGGUGUUCGAUAGUAAGCGCAGCAAGAGCGAGGUUUAUGACGGGUUCUCUUUUGUUUUUCCGCCGGAAUCAGCUCAGGAAGAAAUUUAUGAGAAAGUGAUGGACCCUCUAUUGAUUGAUUUCAUGGGAGGAAAAAGCGGUCUUUUGGCAGCCAUGGGCCCCACAGGGUCAGGAAAGACACAUACGAUGUUUGGAUCUCCAAGGGAACCAGGUAUGGUUCCGCUUGCCUUACGGCGCAUUUUCAAUCAUGCAGCAGCAAGUGCAAAUCAUCCCAUAUCAAGGUCAUAUUACUUAUCUAUGUUUGAAAUAUACUCUGAACGAGGGAAAGGGGAGAGGAUUUUUGACUUGUCUCCGGAUGGAGGUGAUUUAUCGUUUCAGCAGUCAGCAAUAAAAGGUCUUCAAGAGAUCAGGAUUUCAGAUGCAACUGAGGCAGAGAGUCUAGUUGUGCGUUGCCUGCUGAAACGUGCUACAGCUGCAACAAGUGCAAAUAACCAAUCAAGUCGAUCUCAAUGCAUAAUAAACAUUCGCUGUACACUGGAAAACCUAUGUGAUAAAAACGAUUUACGUGCACAUGACACUGUGCUCACAAUAGCCGAUCUUGCUGGAGCUGAGAGAGAAAGAAAAACAGGAAAUCAGGGUGCACGACUGUUGGAGAGCAACUUCAUCAAUAAUACAUCCAUGGUUUUUGGCCUGUGCUUAAGAUCUUUGCUGGAGCACCAGAAAAACCCAAGGAAGUCAUUUGAGAAGCACUUCAAAAACUCAUUGUUGACUAGGUACUUGAGGGAUUAUCUGGAAGGCAAGAAGCGUAUGACGCUGAUCUUAACUGUAAAACCUGGGGAGGAUGAUUAUCUUGAUACAUCUUUUUUGUUGAGACAAGCAUCUCCUUACAUGAAAAUCAAGUUUAACAAUGUGGAGGAUGCCCCAAAUGUGCCACGCCAGAAAAGAAAUACCACUUUAUCAUUUCAGACAGAGGAUCAUAAACGAAGGAAAAUUAUUGACUCCAUUGAAGUGGCUGGGCAUGGGAAAAGUGAUGGUGAUGCACCCGAUGAAUGUCAAAUACCUGAGAAAGAAGUUUACUCUGAGAAGCUCCAAGAAAUUGAGGUGCAACACAUGUUAAACAUGUCAUCGGAAUCUAUCAGGAAAUUGCAUAUUGAUGAAAAAUUGAAGAAAGAGUUCCAAGUUGAGUUGGCAAGGAUGAAAAGGAAUGAUGAAGUCAUGAGGAAGUUCUCCAAGGCUUUGUGGAGUGUGCUGAAACAGUAUAAAAAUAAGCUUGAGGAAUCGGAAGAUAAAGUUAGAAGUCUCAAGAAAACCCUCGCAAAGGAAAUCAACCAAGUCGUAGAGCUGAAAAAUGAGUUGAAGGAAUUAAGAUCUUGUUGUUCAUGCUAUAAACAUCUUUACACUGAAGCAAAUCCUAGAGCGAAAGCUGAUAGUCCAUUCACCCAUCCUGUAAAUUCUCUGUCAGUUUCUUCUCCAGAUCAUCUUGAUGUCAAGAACACAGAUACAGAACUCACUGAUGGUAUUACUCCAACGCCUAUUUGUCAUAGCCCUGAAAUUUCUACUGUGGCAGCAAAUGAAGGUGAAGGUUUAGGACUGAAAGGGAUUCUGCUCGACGCGAAUUUAUCAGGAGAUAGCAGAAGUGCAUUUCGUUCCGCAGCAGAGCGCCGUUCUUCUGUGGUAGAAAGGAAAAAGAUCUCAGCUUAUGAUUCUGUGUACUCAAGUUUUCCAAGUGGAUUCUUAGAACGCCAGAAUGAUCAGACAAAUGAAAGCCUCCCCGAACUGGAACAUGACCUUGAGGAUUCAGAACCCCCAUCUAAUCUAAGUGUCACGGACCCUUCUGAUUUGAGCAUAGCAGAAAUGACUUGUGAGAAUGUAAUCAGCUCCUCAGUACUUAUCUAUACAACAGAAAGUGAUUCAACACUAAGUAAAGAGUCUCUCUCCAAGGAUGAUAAAAAGUUAGAGAUUUCUGGUAUUGCCGAUUCGAGUUACAUUUCUGAGGAUGUUAAUGGACAUAGGCAUGAGAUUAUACAAGAUGAGUCCAAAAGUUCUCUUGUACAAGGUCACUGCAAUAAAAAUCUAGUUCAGUUGGGUAGCCUUAGGGCUAUGGAGAUACCAUCCAGCAAAAGCUUCACAGGCAUGAACUUUGCAGAAGAAACUUCACACUCAGACGUCGUGGUCGUCCCUGAUCUGGCAGAAGAAAGCACAAGUGUCUUGUCUUCAACUGAUAGGAGCAGCACAUUACUUAUGGAAAAGGAAGAAGCCUCUGAUACUGCAUGUUCAUUGUCAUCUGCAGAGGACACAAAGAAUCUGAACGUCGGACGACUACACAGUUUAUCUGGAUCUAUACAAUAUCAACCUUUGUAUCAGAACGGAGGUAACUUACAUGAAUGCAAACAUAAACCAAAAGAUGUUGAAGUUAUUAAAGAUGCGGAAAUCUCACACAAUGCAAGUUUAACAGGCAUGAAUUUUGUAGAAGAAACUUCACAGUCAGACGUCAUGGUGGUUCCUGAUCAGGUAGAAGGUAGCACAUAUGUCUUGUCUUCAUCAGAUCGGUGCAGCACAUUAGUUGUGGAAAAGGUAGAAGUCUCGGAUACUGCAUGUUCAAUAUUAUAUGUAGAAGACAUUAAUAAUCUGAACAAUGAGCUUUUAUAUCAGAAGGGAGGAAACUUACAUGAAUGUGAGCAUAAAUCUGAAGAUGUUGUGGUUAUUGAAGAUGGGGAAAAGGAGUCCUCACACAGUGCAAGUUUAACUGAGGAAACUUCACACUCAGAUAUCGUGGCCAUUCUUGAUCAGGUGAAAGAUAGCACAAGUCUCUUGUCUUCAUCAGACGGAUGCAGCACGCUACUUGUGAAAAAGGUGGAAGCCUCUGAUACUGCGUGUUCAAUGUUAUCUGUAGAAGACACCAAGAGUUUGAACAAUGAGUCUUUAUGUCAGAAGGGAGAGAACUUAUAUGAAUACAGACAUAAAGCUGAAUAUGUUGAAGUUAUUAACAAUGGGGAAAAGGAAUCCUCACAAAAUGCAAGUUUAACAGAAGCACAUUCACAUACGUUGUAUCAUCCUUCUAAUUCUCAUAGCAUAGAAGAUGAUGAGAAGAGCAUAGCACAUAAAAAGGAAUCACUUCAAGAAAUCAAGCUGCCAGACUUGGAAGUUCCACUUGUAGAUGUUAAAGAAAAGGUUAAAGAAAAGGACGGUUGUCAAGUCAGGGAACAUCUGAAUGAAAAGCAUUCCUCUUCCACCAAAAUUACGAAUGCAGAGAAACCUAAAAGGAGAUUGCUUCCAGCAUCAGCCCUGCUACUGAAGGAAUUUAACGGCCUUGAUCUGGAAGCUGAGAAUGCUAAGGAGGUUAGAAAUAAACUAAGUGCAGUGGGAAGAGGAAGAUCUGAAGGUAGCAAGUCCCUUGUUCGCCUUCUCACAGGCAAGCAAUGAGCUGUGGACAUGGUUAUCUAGAGUAUGUCAAUGGCUUCCAUACAAUUUUUUGGUGAUUCCUUUUUUUAAAACAACAAUUUGACGAUGCAUGGAUAUAAUAGAAGUAAUGGUCAUAGUUAUGUUUAAAGCUUCUAAAAUGCUGGUUUUGACGGGGAAGACUGUAUUUAUAUGGGUCAGAUAUAAUUUAUGGUUUUAUAAAUUAAUAUAUAGUUGAUGUA